CAAGAUAGUACCCCGCCACCGCCUCUCUGCGAACGAUGACCCGAUAGAAGCUAAAUUUUCCCAAUCCUCUCGUCCUUCUAAUUUCUCUGUCAAAUUUCCACAAUCAUGGCGUCCGCGAUCUUCUUCCUCGACCUGAAGGGCAAGACCCUUCUGGCGCGAAACUACAGAGGUGACAUUCCCAUGUCAGCCGUGGAGAAGUUUCCUAUACUUCUCAGCGAGGCGGAAGAAGAGAGCUCCGCAGUUCCACCAUGCUUCUCGAGCGAAGGCAUCAACUACCUCUAUAUCCGCCACAGCAAUCUGUACCUCCUUGCCCUGACGAAGCGCAACACGAACGCCGCUGAGAUCCUCCUUUUCCUACACAAGAUUGUCGAGGUUUUUACAGAGUACUUCAAAGAGCUGGAGGAGGAGAGUAUAAGGGACAACUUCGUCAUCAUUUACGAACUCCUGGACGAGAUGAUGGAUUUCGGGUAUCCGCAAACGACGGAGUCCAAGAUAUUGCAAGAGUACAUCACGCAGGAGUCACACAAGCUCGAGGUCCAGGCCAGGCCGCCCAUCGCCGUUACCAAUGCCGUCAGCUGGCGAAGCGAAGGUAUUCGAUACCGCAAGAACGAAGUGUUCCUCGAUGUCGUCGAAUCUCUCAACCUCCUUGUUUCCGCGAAUGGCAAUGUCCUGCGCUCUGAAAUUUUGGGUGCGAUCAAGAUGAAGUGUUAUUUGUCCGGUAUGCCCGAAUUACGGUUGGGUCUCAACGACAAGGCCAUGUUUGAGACCACAGGACGCGCAACACGAGGGAAGGCUGUGGAGAUGGAAGACGUCAAGUUCCACCAGUGCGUGCGACUAUCGCGAUUCGAAAGCGACAGGACGAUCAGCUUCAUUCCUCCGGACGGCGAGUUCGAGCUCAUGAGCUACCGGCUAAACACACAAGUUAAGCCUCUUAUCUGGGUGGAGUGCAUAGUAGAAAGCCACUCUGGAAGCAGGAUAGAGUACAUGUUGAAGGCCAGAGCACAAUUCAAGCGACGAAGCACAGCCAACAACGUCCAAAUCUCGAUACCCGUCCCCGAAGACGCGGAUACCCCUCGAUUCCGCACCAACGUCGGCACCGUCCACUACGCCCCAGAGACCUCCUCCAUUGUCUGGAAGAUAAAACAGUUCGGUGGCCAGAAGGAAUUCCUCAUGAGGGCGGAGCUGGGCCUGCCCUCGGUCCGCGGAGACGACGAGAAGGGAGGCGGCAUGAUGGGCGGUUUCGGCGGCAGCAUGGGAGGUGUGGGCGCCGGCAAGGGAAAGCGACCCAUCAACGUCAAGUUCGAGAUUCCCUAUUUCACGACCAGUGGUAUCCAGGUUAGGUAUCUGAAGAUCAUCGAGCCUAAGCUCCAAUACCCAUCACUGCCCUGGGUGCGCUACAUCACACAAUCAGGAGACAUUGCGGUCCGGUUACCCGAUGUACAAUAGACGAUCAUGCAAUAGAACUCCCCUUGAUAACAUGCGCCACCAGAUUUCACGUAGGACGGAAAACCAUCUACCCCCGCCCAGCCUUGUAAAACCCUUCCUUGUCCACAUCCACCCAAUGUCUCACGUAGUUAGAACCCUCCAGAGGCAGCAGUGAUGGCAUGACAUGGCGAAAUAAUUCUUUGUACUCUUUCUUACUUCUUUAGCGGGCGAUUGAAUCGAUUACUCGUUUGUCUUUGUGUAUACCUCACAAAAUUAAAAUCAUAAAUGGAAAACAAAUCAAUUAGUCAAUGAUGCAGCC